CUGCCUGGUCUCCCCAGAGUUCAUUUCUGAAAACACUCAACCAGUCUCUCAUGAGCAUGUGGGCAACGUGGACCUACGUGCUGCUGCCGCCGGCCGUCGUCUUGCUCAUGCUCCUCACGAUCCCGUUCCCGCGCAUGAUCGCCAAGGGCGUCGUCCGCUUCGUCGACAUGCUCUUCAAGAUCGAGCUCGCGGGCAUUCCCGUCGUCUCGGUGAUCACGUUCCUCGCGUUUGUGUCGCUCGCCGGCCAGACGUACGACCUCCAGAAGCGCUACACGCACCCCGUCGAAGGCCUCGAGAAGCACUACUCGGCGGACCUCCAGCAAAAGGCGUCGCGCUGGCGCUCGGAGCGCAACUGGUGGAUUAGCGCGCUCACGUUUACGAUCUACUGGAUGCUCAUCCGCUUCCAAGCCAUGAAGAAGCAGCUCCUCGCCGCGCAGCGCCGCGACGACUAGGCGCUUGGAUCGUCAAAGGAUGUUUUGAUAUGAAUGCAUUAUGCUGUUAUGCCA